UUCAACUCUGAGGGAGCUAUAAUUAAUUUUGUUACAUGCUACAGGAGGAUGAGAGCGAGCAAAAUGCAUGUUGUCUGGCAUAACAAGAGAAUAAGCAGUUGUAUAAGUGGCCCUAUCCCUAUCUCGACACCCCUUAUCCAUCAUCUUCAUUCCUAGCUUCAUCUGCUAAGAAAAUCUCAUUUCCACAACAAAGGUCAAAAGAAUAAAAAUCUGAUUAUUCUUGACAUAUAAUGCAACAUGCCCAACACAGUGCCUACUACAGCAACCAGUUCCUCCUCUACUAGUCUGUUUGAGCUUCUCACCGAAAUGAAGAAGCAAUCCUGUCCAGAAUCACUCAUCUUACAAGCAAAAUCUCCCUCCCAAUUCUCCUCCGAAUGCUGGUUCGACGAUGCAUGCAUCUUGGACAUGGAUUACUUCGUCAAGACCCUUUCUGGCAUCAAGGCUAAAGGCGUUCGUGCAGACCUUAUUGGCUUCAUCAUCACACACUACGCCUCCAAAUGGCUCCCUGACCUCUCCGCAGGUGACAUGGCCGAAAAGGGUCUCACCCAAUUCGAGGAAUCGCCCGAAAGCGUAACAGCUUCGUGGAUGAAGAAGAGAUUCUUCGUGGAAACCUUGGUGGGUGUUCUGCCUCCUGAGAAGGAUGCAAUUCCAUGCAACUUCCUCCUUCGGCUUCUGAGAACGGCCAACAUGGUUGGGGUUGAGGGUACCUACAGGCAAGAGCUUGAGAAGCGUAUUUCGUGGCAGUUGGACCAGGCUUCCUUGAAGGAGUUGGUGAUUCCAUCUUUCAGCCACACUUGUGGGACUCUAUUGGAUGUUGAGCUGGUCAUUAGGCUGGUUAAGAGGUUUGUGAGUUUGGAUAGUGAGGGAGCUAAGAGCGUUGCUUCUUUGGUUAAGGUGGCUAAGUUGGUUGAUUCCUACCUGGCUGAGGCUGCUGUGGAUGCCAAUUUGAGCUUCAACGACUUCGUUACACUUGCUGCAGCUCUUCCAAGCCAUGCAAGAGCAACGGAUGAUGGCUUGUACAGAGCCAUUGAUACUUAUCUAAAAGCACAUCCAGGAGUGUCAAAGCAAGAAAGGAAGGGCCUGUGCAGGCUAAUAGACAGCAGAAAACUGACAGCAGAGGCCUCACUUCACGCAGCACAAAACGAACGGUUCCCAGUGAGAGCAGUGAUUCAGGUGCUACUCUCUGAGCAGAGCAAGCUGAACCGGCAUGUGGAUUGGAGUGGCUCGUUGGUGUGUGUAACAAGAAGCCCUGGAGGGUUGGACUUACCAACACGGUGUCUGUCGAAGCGCGAGGUGAAUGCUCAACAACUCGAGAUUAGAAGGCUGAAGGAAGAUGUGUACAGGCUGCAAAGCCAUUGCAAUGCCAUGCAGGCACAGAUGGAGAGAAUGGUGGUGGAAAAGAAGAAAGGCUUCUUCAAGUGGAAGAAGUUUGCAUUUGGCAAGAGUGAGCAUGACAAAAUGGAACAAGAGCUUCAAGGAAAUGGAAUGUACACGCCUGCGGACCUUAAAACUAGAUUGGUCAAUGCUAAAGAUACUAGUAAGAAUAAUACUCACAAGUGGAGGAAAUCCAUGUCAUGAAAACCACAGCCACCACAACUUAGUUUCUUAUGUUCAGCAAAUUAAUAUAGUGUGUAUGUUCGUUUUUUGGUGUAUGAAAUAAUGUAAGAUCAGCUUUUGUAUCUGGAAUAAACUCAAUAAGGAUGUGAGUAUGCCACACUACUCACCUAAUGGCUGAUGUUCAAAUGUUAUUGUAGAGUAGCAGGUUUUUAAAUUUUGAGUUUGUUUAGGUAUUGUAAAGUAGAAUAUUAUUGAAAUUGUUUUUGAAAGCUUACCUCAAUAAAUUGAAUGUUGUCUAAUAUUAGAAGUA